CGGAAGUGACCCACGUGCUUCCGCCUUAGCCUACCUGGUCGCUCGGUGAGUUUCUGGUGUUUGAGGCAAGUUGGAGACGCCGCGGGCGUUGAGAGUGGCCCCAGGCCGUGGACUAGGAGGCCAGAAGGAGAUCUUUUCCACGGUGCAGGGCUGAGAUGGAUCCGCUCAGGGCCCAGCAGCUGGCUGCAGAGCUGGAGGUAGAGAUGAUGGCUGAUAUGUACAACAGAAUGACCAGUGCCUGCCACCGUAAGUGCGUGCCGCCCCACUACAAGGAAGCAGAGCUGUCCAAGGGCGAGUCCGUGUGCCUGGACCGCUGCGUCUCCAAGUACCUGGACAUCCACGAGCGGAUGGGCAAAAAGCUGACAGAGUUGUCUAUGCAGGAUGAAGAGCUGAUGAAGCGGGUGCAGCAGGGCUCUGGGCCCGUGUGAGGCCCCAGGCAGUAUACGCCCCGAGGUGCGCCCGGCCCCUUCCCACGUGUCUAAUAAAAGUGCCCCCGCUGGGUGUCCUCUGUGAAGACCGCCAGGCCUAGGCUCCCUGUGGCGAGCCUCCCGGAGCCAGGGUAUGGUAGCGCUCCCUCCCGGGGGAAGAGGGGGUGUUUGUCGCCCUGGGAUGUGACUGUGUAUGUCCGUGUGUGUGUGUGUGUGUAUACGUGUAUAUUAAAACAGGUUUGUUGACACUUA